AUGGGUAUUUAGAAUAGCAAAUGAAAUAAGAGUACUUAUUAGUCCUCUUUUCUGCUUUUUGUUCCCCCCACCAAAAGUCUCCAACAAUGGCCGAGACCCCUUCAGUCCCUGCACCAACCGGGUCGGAUCCUGAUUACUGGUGCUACCAGUGUGAGACACGGGUUGCCGUCGAAACCCUACCCGAUCUCCCCGCCGAUGUCAUUUGCAGCAACUGUAAGAGUGGCUUCGUUGAGUCCAUACCCUCUCGUGUUGUUUCUGUCUCUCCGGUGACGGCUUCGACUGAUCAGAUCGAUGACCCUGCUUUCGGCAAUCAGUUCAUCCAGGUUCUUCGCCUCAUAGCUGAGGCGGCGCGUGACAACGACGCGCCCCCUCCCCCGCCUUCUGAGCACGCUGAUCCUUCCGAUGACGAUUUCCUCCGUGUCGAGCUGGACGGUUGGGGAAACGACGAGGAUGAUGAUGAUGAUGAAGAGGAGGAGGAGGAGGAGGAUAAUGGAAUCGGGGUUAGAAUUGGCGAGGACGGAGAAAAUCGCGGGAAUCGAAGCCAAUCUGAGGAUGACGACGACGAUGAUGAUGAUGUUGAUGAGGAUGAAGAAGUCGAGAAUCGGGAUGAUGAUGAAGAGGAUCUUCGGAGAAGGCGGAGGGAUGUCCUACGUCUCCGGCUACGUGACUUCGCCGCCAGAGCUGCCAAUCGGCGAAACCGGAUUCUGGAUUGGGCAGAGAUUCUGAUGGGACUGGAAGACCACUCUAUUGAGCUCCGAUUUCAAGUUCCUGAUGGCGAUGACUACAUCGGGAACCCUGGAGACUAUGUGGACGCAGCGGGUUAUGAAGCUUUACUGCAAACCCUAGCCGAGAGUGAUGGUAGCGGAAGACGAGGAGCUCCACCAGCUUCCAAGAGUGCAAUUGAGGGUCUUAAUACAUUGGUGAUCAAGGAAGAGCACGAGGUAAUGGCAUGUGCCAUUUGUAAAGAUGUAGUGAAUGUGGGCGAAAUGGCAAAGAAUUUGCCCUGUGGGCAUGGUUACCAUAAUGAUUGUAUAGUUCAGUGGUUGGGUUCGAGGAAUUCUUGUCCAGUAUGUAGGUUUGAAUUGCCCACAGAUGAUCCUGAAUAUGAAGAGGAGCGCAAGAAGCGAGGAGCAUGUGUUACUAGCAGUGGUUCUUCGAGCUCAAGUGAGGCGCCAGGUGCUGCUGCUGCUGAUGAUGAUAGUAGUCCUAGUUGCCUUUGAUUGCUGCUUUGUGGUAAACUCAGCCAUUGGCAUUCUUUUUAGCUUUGUCUCUUGCUUCUUUUUUGGUAUUUGGUGAUUGUUUUCCAGUGUAAUUCCACCCUCUCCGGUUUUCUUGAAUGUAAUAAUCUGUUUAUCUUAAUGCUGGUAUGAAUUUGCCAUUUGAGUA